AUGAAGAGUCUAUUGAUCCUCAUUGCAUUCUUCAUCAGCUCCAGCGUGGCUCUGAAUUGCCAGCAGGUAGCUGGGAGUCUGGAACAGAUUGAUGCUGGUCUGGGUAUGUUGGUUGGUGUAAACAGCAAUGACAACAUCUACAUUCUUUUUGGUGGCACCUGGGUGCAAUUGCCAGGAGCGCUACAGCAUGUCACAGUUGGUCCGGCUGGGCUGUGGGGAGUGAACAGUGCAAACGAAAUCUACAAAAUGGUGAACGGAAAUUGGGUGCAUGUUCCAGGUUGGCUGCAGCAGAUUGAUGCAGGAGGUGAUCAGUUUGUUGCUGGUGUCACCAUGAAUGAUAAUGUCUACUGCAUGGGGAGGAAUGGCGCCAUGGGAAUUACAAGCAAUCAAUCACCUGCUCCAUGGCAACACCUGCCAAGACACCUCAUGUACUACUCUUGUGGCCCCAUUAGUUGCUGGGGUGUCAAUACUGCCAACGAGAUUUUUAUAAUGAGAAGAGUGACACCCACUGCUUGCACUGGCACUGGGCAGUGGCAGCAUAUCUCAGGCUUCUUGACAAUGAUUGAAGUGAGUGUUGACGGCAGUGUAUAUGGUGUGAAUUCUCAAGGAAAUGUGUACCGCAGGGAUGGAAUAACUGCCAGCAAUCCUGCAGGAACUGGCUGGACUCAGAUGGUGAUAAGUGGAGUAUGCCAGCAUGUGAGCUACGACCUUGGGCAGUUAUGGGUCAUCAAGAUUGAUGGUAGCAUCUGGACCUGUAGCUGAAACCUUUCAAAUGAUCAUUUGUCUUAAGUCACAUCUAGAAAUAAUCUUUCUGAAAAACAGCACUGUAAUCACUAAGUAGAUCAGCCACAACCAAACUGUUGCCUAAUAGAUAUAAAAUAUAGAAUGAGUUUUUUCUUAAUUGUAGAGGACCCAUACUGUGCUUUAGUAGAUAUACUAUAAUCAUUUCUCUCUCACUGAUUUUUCAGAACUUCUAGUUCUAGGCUGUUCAGCUUUUCAACACCUGAUUACUGUACAAUGAUGAGGUCCCAUUAGUCCAGAUAAUCUGCAGUACAGUAAAUCAAAAUGACUCUGAAUUUCAAGAACUGUCUUUUUCUCUGUGUAUUUCCCAUUCAUAGUGUACUUUAAUUAAAUAAAAUA